AUGAAACCCGAUUGGUUAGUCAACUGCUUUGGAAUCGUUAGAAGAAGAGGCCUCACCAGACUCAGAGUGUUCAUUGUUAUGAUCAUGAUCAUGAUCAUGGUGAUGGUGGUGGUCGUCGACGUGCUUGGACAAGGCUAGGAAAAACGAUAUGGAGUCGAGGCAUUCAUCGACUUUGAAGAGGCCGUGCACAGUUUUCCCGUGGCUGGAAUCCAUUUGCCUAACUUUGUUUCGAGGCUCGAAACGGCGAUUCAGAAGGUUUUCCGGAACUGGAAUUAUUAUCUGAUAGGGUUGAAUGGAGUUGGAACGUUCAGUGCCUUCAUUAAUCACAAUGUGACAGGGUAUGAUAUGGCAUUGGGGGCGGGAGUAAGGUACAAGCUGGUCGACAUCAAAUCACAAAGUAACUUAAAAUGUGCGACUCCCGGCUAUGUUAUGCAUUUGGAGAGCCAAGUCUUCUGA